ACUAUUUUGACUUUUCUCAUCACGCUCAAUAAUAGCGUGUUGUUAAUCCUUUACUCUAUCUCUCUUCAAAGCUCUAUUGAUCUUACAUCUUCUCUCUAUUGUAGUAAUGGAUUUUUACGUUUUCCUUGGGACUGUUGCUGCUACGUUCUUCACUCUUUUGGGUACAAUAUUUUAUAUGAUUUAUGGAAAAUUUCGAGUCCAAGAAACUAUAAUAACUACUUCUUCUUCACCUCCUACAUCUCCCCAAUCUUCUUUGUCUUGUAACCAGAAACACGAUGUCUUCCCCAGCUUCCACGGGGCAGAUGUGCGCAAAUCAUUUCUCAGUCACAUUUUGAAAGAGUUUAAAAGAAAAGGGAUCGAUACGUUCAUUGAUAAUAAUAUUGAGAGGAGCAAAUCGAUCGGUCCAGAACUCAUAGAAGCAAUCAAAGGAUCUAAGAUUGCAGUUGUCUUGCUCUCGAAGGACUACGCUUCCUCGUCGUGGUGCCUGAACGAGUUGGUGGAGAUCAUGAAGUGUAGGAAAAUGUUGGAUCAAACAGUGAUGACAAUUUUCUAUGAAGUGGAUCCAACUGAUGUAAAGAAGCAAACCGGAGACUUUGGGAAGGUCUUCAAGAAAACUUGUAUGGGUAAAACAAAUGCAGUUAGUCGAAAAUGGAUCGAGGCUUUGAGUGAAGUAGCCACAAUAGCUGGAGAGCAUUCAAUAAAUUGGGAUACCGAAGCUGCCAUGAUCGAAAAAAUCUCUACUGAUAUCUCGAACAAGCUGAAUAAUUCCACACCACUAAGGGAUUUUGACGGUUUAGUUGGGAUGGGAGCUCAUAUGGAAAAGUUGGAAUUGUUGCUCUGCCUAGACUCUUGUGAAGUGAGGAUGAUUGGAAUUUGGGGUCCUCCAGGGAUUGGUAAAACCACCAUCGUCAGAUUUUUAUAUAACCAACUCUCAAGCAGUUUCGAGUUGAGCAUCUUCAUGGAGAAUAUCAAAACGAUGCAUACAAUACUAGCUUCUUCAGAUGACUAUAGCGCGAAGUUGAUCUUACAACGACAGUUUUUGUCAAAAAUACUCGACCAUAAAGAUAUUGAGAUUCCUCACUUAAGAGUUCUGCAAGAACGUUUAUAUAACAAGAAAGUGCUUGUCGUUCUUGAUGACGUGGAUCAAUCAGUACAACUAGAUGCCUUGGCCAAAGAAACUCGGUGGUUUGGUCCUAGAAGUCGGAUUCUAAUCACAACCCAAGAUAGGAAACUUUUGAAGGCACAUAGGAUCAACAAUAUUUACAAGGUGGAUCUUCCAAAUUCUGAUGAUGCUCUUCAAAUCUUCUGCAUGUAUGCGUUUGGUCAAAAGACCCCAUAUGAUGGUUUUUACAAGCUUGCGAGGAAAGUUACAUGGCUUGUUGGUAACUUUCCUUUGGGAUUAAGGGUUGUGGGAUCAUAUUUUCGAGAAAUGUCCAAGCAGGAGUGGAGAAAGGAAAUACCAAGGCUAAGGGCUCGCCUUGAUGGAAAAAUUGAGAGCGUUUUGAAGUUUAGUUAUGAUGCCUUAUGUGAUGAAGACAAAGAUUUAUUUCUUCAUAUAGCAUGUUUUUUCAACCAUGAAAGUAUUGAGAAACUAGAAGAUUUUCUUGGGAAAACAUUCUUGGACAUUGCUCAAAGGUUUCACGUCUUAGCUGAGAAAUCGCUCAUAUCUAUCAACUCAAACUUUGUCGAGAUGCAUGAUUCUCUAGCGCAACUAGGUAAAGAAAUUGUUCGUAAACAAUCUGUUCGGGAGCCAGGGCAACGCCAAUUUUUAGUUGAUGCUAGAGAUAUUUCUGAAGUACUCGCCGACGAUACAGCAGGUGGUAGAAGUGUUAUAGGGAUAUAUCUCGACUUACAUCGGAACGAUGACGUAUUCAAUAUAAGUGAAAAAGCUUUUGAAGGAAUGUCCAAUCUCCAAUUCUUAAGAGUCAAAAAUUUUGGUAAUCUUUUUCCUGCAAUAGUGUGUUUACCACACUGUUUGACCUAUAUAUCUCGAAAACUUCGAUUACUAGAUUGGAUGUAUUUUCCGAUGACAUGCUUUCCUUCAAAGUUCAAUCCUGAGUUCCUCGUGGAACUAAACAUGUGGGGCUCCAAGCUUGAGAAGUUAUGGGAAGAGAUUCAACCUCUUAGAAAUCUCAAGCGGAUGGAUUUGUUUUCUUCUAAAAACCUAAAAGAACUUCCUGAUCUCUCAAGUGCUACUAACCUCGAGGUGUUGAAUCUUAACGGAUGCUCAAGUCUAGUGGAGUUGCCCUUCUCUAUUGGGAAUGCAACUAAACUCCUAAAAUUGGAGCUUAGUGGAUGCUCAAGUCUCUUGGAGCUUCCAUCCUCUAUCGGAAAUGCCAUUAAUCUUCAGACGAUUGAUUUUAGUCAUUGUGAAAAUCUGGUGGAGCUUCCAUCCUCUAUUGGGAAUGCCACUAAUCUAAAGGAGUUGGACCUUAGUUGUUGCUCAAGUCUGAAGGAGCUUCCCUCCUCUAUUGGGAAUUGCACUAAUCUUAAGAAGUUGCACCUUAUUUGUUGCUCAAGUCUGAAGGAGCUUCCCUCCUCUAUUGGGAAUUGCACUAAUCUUAAGGAGUUGCACCUUACUUGUUGCUCAAGUCUGAUAAAGCUUCCAUCCUCUAUCGGGAAUGCCAUUAACCUGGAGAAGUUGAUACUCGCUGGAUGCGAAAGUUUGGUGGAGCUCCCUUCCUUUAUUGGAAAAGCCACUAAUCUCAAGAUUCUGAAUCUUGGAUAUCUCUCAUGUCUGGUGGAGUUACCCUCCUUUAUUGGAAACCUUCAUAAGUUGUCUGAACUAAGGCUGAGAGGAUGCAAAAAGCUACAAGUUCUUCCGACCAAUAUCAACUUGGAAUUUCUUAAUGAACUUGAUCUCACAGAUUGCAUCUUGUUGAAAACAUUUCCGGUGAUCUCCACAAACAUUAAACGUCUCCAUCUUAGGGGGACUCAGAUAGAAGAAGUUCCUUCGUCCCUCAGGUCAUGGCCUCGCCUUGAGGAUUUGCAAAUGCUAUACAGUGAAAACCUCAGUGAAUUCUCACAUGUUCUUGAGAGGAUCACAGUGCUGGAAUUGAGUGAUAUAAAUAUACGAGAAAUGACCCCAUGGCUCAAUAGAAUCACUCGUCUACGUCGAUUAAAACUCAGCGGAUGCGGAAAACUGGUAUCACUCCCACAACUUUCGGAUUCCCUAAUAAUUCUGGAUGCAGAGAAUUGUGGCUCUCUUGAGAGACUAGGUUGCUCUUUUAACAAUCCAAAUAUUAAAUGUCUCGACUUUACCAACUGCCUCAAACUAGAUAAAGAAGCAAGAGACCUUAUCAUUCAAGCAACGGCUCGUCAUUAUUCUAUCUUACCCAGUAGAGAAGUUCAUGAGUACAUCACUAACCGAGCCAUUGGAAGUUCUCUUACUGUGAAGUUGAAUCAAAGGGCUCUUCCUACAUCCAUGAGAUUUAAGGCUUGCAUUGUUUUGGCUGAUAAUGGUGGCCGUGAAGCUGGUAAUGAGGGACGUAUGGAGGUAUAUAUGACCAUUAUGGAAAGGCAGAAUGAUUUCAUCACUUCUACGUAUGUAUCACUAAACCAUAUUUUUCCAGAAUUUCUAAGGGAGCAUAUGUACACAGUCGAAGUUUUAGUUGACGUUGAGGUGACUUCGGAUGAGCUUGUCUUUGAUUUCCAGCUCAACAGUGAGAAAUGGGAGAUAGGAGAAUGUGGGGUACUCGAACUGAAGAACCAUGUUCAAACAUUUUCGGAAAUUGAUUCUUGGGACAAUUAUUAGGAGAAUAGGAAGUGAUCGACACUAUGAACGUCUGGGCGAGAGCCUAUUGAAUAACCAGCUCUGCAACGGAACUGAAGUGUAGAAACAAAGAGCAAAGAAGAGCCAAUCUGAGUAACACAUAUCUCUACAGGCGAAAACCAACAAUAGAACUGUUCAUAUCUUCUAAGAUUACUUAUAUUAAUGUUUCGUUUAGUUAUUUUAGGGAUUAGUCUGAAACAAAUCGAGAACUUGGAAACCUAUAGAAGUGUACAUAUUACAUGAAAAAGUGGAAUACAUAUUAAGAAUCUGAAAGACUAUUACGC